UUUCUCUCUCAUGUUCUAUUCAUCUCUCUCCACACUUUCUCUCUGUAGAGCUUCUCAUAUUCUCUCUCUAAACUAUAUUCUGGUUCAUCUCUCUCCUGAGUAGCUUUCACGUUCUUCUCUUUUUUUUCUGAAUGUUGUGUAAUUUUUUAUUUCUUUCUCUCUCUAGAGUUUCUCUCUUGAGAGAGUGGACGUAGUCGACGGCUGCCUCGGAGUCACCAACCGUAGGAAAAUCCGACAUUUUCGUAACGCCUUUCUCUCUCUAGACAUUCAGAGCGGAGUCACUGAUUUGCUUGCUGCCCUUUCUCUCUCUAACCUCCGUGUAAGAACCAGUGGAUUAACCCUCGUUUCUCUCUAGCGUCGAAGAGAGCUCAUCAGCCUCUCUCUCUCUCUGACUGAGCUAGGGUUCCUGGAUUCUCUGCUACGCUAAUUACUUUCUUCUUUACCUCUAUGACGAAUUUACGUCUCUGAUUGCUGAUGAGUUCGGUAUUUGCUCUCUCUCUCUCUCCCCUAAUUGGAAAGAAUUAAGAUGAUUUCUAUUUUGGGUAAAGCCCAGCUAAGCUGGUGUCUUUCUAUCUGUGUCUGAAUAUGCCCUUCUGAGUCAAUAUUAACUAAGCCUUAAACUGAACUAGGGUUUCUGCAAUCUCCCUCUCUUUCUAUCUCUAGAAGGUUUCUACUAUAUCUUUCUCUCUUAAUGAGGGAGAAUUUCUAAAGUUGCGAUGGGUAAUUGUUGGGAGAAACCUGUCAAGGAGGAAGAAGUACUGGUAAAGUUCAGUGCUCCAUCUUCAGAGGUCCCAAAGUCCAGUAGUAGAGAUGUUAAGUCUUCGUCUACCUCUACGCAAACAAUGUCUUCUGCCAGUGACAGUGUUUCAUCAGAAAAUGCAUCAGAAGGUCAGAUACUCCCUUAUGCCAAUAUAAGGGUUUUCACUUUCAAUGAGUUGAGAAGUGCUACAAGAAACUUUCGCCCCGAUAGUGUACUGGGAGAAGGGGGAUUUGGAUGUGUAUUUAAGGGCUGGCUCGAUGAUUCUGGGCUCAUGGGCUCGAAGAGUGGAUCUGGUAUGGUUGUUGCGGUUAAGAAGAUGAACAAUGAGGGCUUGCAAGGUCAUAAGGAAUGGCUGGCUGAGGUGAACUUUCUAGGUCAAUUCCAGCAUUCCAAUCUGGUGAGGCUGCUUGGAUACUGCUUCGAGGACAAUCACCGGCUCUUGGUCUAUGAAUACAUGUCAAAGGGGAGUCUUGAAAAUCACCUUUUUAGACGAGGUAGCACCCACCAGCCACUUACAUGGUCUAUAAGAGUAAAAGUAGCGCUUGGAGCUGCAAAGGGACUUGCAUUUUUACAUAAUGCAUCCAGUCCUGUGAUAUUACGUGAUUUCAAGACAUCUAACAUUCUGCUUGAUUCGAACUAUAAUGCAAAGCUUUCUGAUUUUGGCUUAGCUAAAGAUGGUCCAACUGGGGAUCACACACAUGUAUCAACUAGGGUGAUGGGCACCUUUGGUUAUGCUGCUCCUGAAUAUGUCUCUACAGGCCAUUUGACUGUAAAGAGUGAUGUCUAUGGUUUUGGUGUGGUUCUUCUCGAAAUAUUAUCGGGGCGACGAGCUCUGGACAAGAACAGGCCUACUGGAGAGCAAAACUUGGUCGAUUGGGCCAAGCCCUACAUGGGCGAUAAGCGUAAGGUUUUCCGUAUCAUGGACAAUAGACUGGAUGGCCAAUACCCAAUGAAGGCAGCCUGGGUGGCUGCAACAGUUGCUCUCCAUUGCCUCUCUCUUGAUGCAAAAAAUAGACCUCACAUGAAUUCUGUGGUUGAGACGCUCGGGAAACUGCAUGAUAUAUCAGAAUUGCCCAGGCCAAGGCCUCAAAAGGUCGUAGGAAAUCUCAAUGAUAAUCGACCACAAAUGAAGUGCAAUAGUGUGAAUAAUCAAUCCUAUGGCCAUUCCUCUGAGAAUGACCCACAUAAGGAUUGUUCUAAGUCUGCAAGAAACUCAAGGUGACAACUAUUGAUUAUUAUCUUGAUUUCUUUUUCUUUUUGUUUGAUAUAUAGUUUCACUCUUUCAUGGCUAGAUAUAUUGUGGUUUUUUCGCAACUUGUAAAUUGCGAUUCCCUUGGGUGGCUGAUUGUUUCUUUUCAAUUUAUUUUACUUUAUUGUUUGUGUAACUUCAGGACAUGUGCCAUAUGAAAUUUAUAGAUUCGAUUGUCUGAU